AGUAAACUGUUAUAUUAAGAAUGAUGAUAAUACAAGAAAUUUCUUAGAAACUAUUAUCAGGGUUUAUUCCGUUUCAAAACCAUUAUGAAUGUUCAACCAUCCGGAACCGCAUCGUAUAUAUUGUACACACUAUUUCAAAUUGACCGCUAUGCAAUAUCAACUCUAACCUAACUUUAGAGUUGUGUGUUAGAGCUUGUAAAGAGCUUUCGUAACAUAAUUGUUUCUAGCAGUUGUUGAUAGUAGUCCAGUAUUUUAAAAUUUUCUUAAACUAUGUACAAUGUGAAUAAAAUACGCAAAUGGAAGCAAAAAUAAUGGAAAUAGAGAUAGAUGAUCGAUACAUUGACGAAAUUACCGAACUUGAAGACGACGAUGAUUCUAUUUCAAGAGAAAAAGCCAUUCAAGAAUCGGGUGUCAUUUCAUCAAUAUCUGAAGAUGUUCCAGCUGAUGAAAAACAAGGAAAAACAAAUAAUACACACGUACCUGAAAAUGUUUGCAAUGAAGAACUGAGGCAUUUUGAUGUGCUUGAUGAUUUAGAGCAACACAACAAUCAAGAUGAAUCAGAUUCUGAAGGUGGUUCAAAUGAUAGCAUGGAAUUUGAUAUUCCAGAUGAUGAGAUUGAAGCUAUGCUGGAAGAAGGUUUACCUGAGGAAUUCAAAAAAAAGCGCAGAAAGAAUGAUUUACUUUACGAAGAAAAAGAAAAGCUUGUCCUGGAUGAAAUUGGUCAUAACCAUUUUGAUGUUUUACCAGAGGGUUGGGUGCAGGUAACACACAACAGUGGUAUGCCUUUAUAUUUGCACAGACAAAGUAGAGUGUGCACGCUAUCAAAGCCAUAUUUUCUUGGACCAGGAAGUGUCAGAAAACAUGAAGUACCAGUAAGCUCCAUACCUUGCUUGCAAUAUAAAAGAGCAUUGAAAGAAGAAGAGCAAGAGAAAGAAAGAGAAAAAGAACGUAUACAAGAAGCAAUAAAUAAUAGUUUGCCUAAUGCUAAAAUUGAAACUAUCCAGGAAAAUAGAGCAACCCAAUCUCUUGAUGGACUAAAUCUUAGAAACUAUUGCCAGUCUGUAUUUCGUUUCAAAUCUAUUAAAGUUAUGAGAUUCAAGUCUUGGUCUCAGAGAAGAAAAUUUACAAAAAAUAAAAAACAACGUAAACAACUUGAACGCCCUACACUGCCAGAUGGUACUAAAUUGAUUACUUUUCCAGUUGGAAAUAACACAGCAGGUAAUAGUUCAACAUUAGAUGAUGACACAACUUUCCGACCACCGAAACAUUGGAUUAUGAAUCCUUCUGGCAAAAGUUAUGUUUGUAUUCUACAUGAAUAUGUGCAGCAUGCAUUGAAAAAGCAACCUACUUAUUUAUUUAAAGAAUUAGAAAAUCCUGCUACACCAUACUCAGCAGUGGUGUGUAUAAAUGAUGUUCAGUAUGGCUCGGGAUUUGGUAGCAGCAAGAAACAAGCUAAAGCUGAUGCUGCCAAAAAAACUUUAGAAACUUUGAUACCACAAAUGAGAGAUAAAAUUUCUGAAGAAACUGAUACAGAAAGUAAUUCAGUUAAUUCUAGUCAAUGUGUGAAAGCUUCUAAAGUUAAUUCAGAUGCAGAUUUGUCUUUUUUUGAUGAGAUUUCUAUUAAUGAUCCAAGAGUAGCUGACUUUUGUGCUAAAACUACAGAACCUUUACCCCACGCAGUACUAAUUACAUGCUUGCAGAGAAACUUUGGCCUUGGAGAUAUGCAUAUUAAAUAUUCUGUCAAUACAUUAAAGCAUCAACGUAAUGAAUUUACGAUGAGGGUAGGAAAACAUGAGGCUACAGUUAUCUGUAGAAAUAAGAAAGAUGGUAAACAAAGAGCUGCUCAAGCAAUACUGCAACUUAUUCAUCCUCACAUUCAUUCCUGGGGCUCUUUAUUAAGACUUUAUGGGUCUGGCAGUGUGAAAUCUUUCAAGGAGAAAAAACAAUUGGAGCAGGAAAUCACAUUACUGCAAGGUAGAGCUGCAAUUAAUCAACCGAAUCAUGCAAUAUUGGAAAAAUUGAGACAAGAAAUGAGAAAACUAUCAGAACAAAGGCAGGCUGUGAAACCUAUUGGGAAAUUUGUACCACCAGAUUUACCAACUGGAUCUUCAUCUAAUUUAGAUAAUGUAGAUUUAUGAUAACUGGUUAAACAAAGAGAUUCUAUAAAAGCUCCAAAAACAGUAUGAUCAUGCUAACAGGAUAUUAAAUAUAAAUAUUUACUAACAUGCGCAGUAAAAGUAAUUUUAGAUAUAUUAAAAUUUUUCAUUUAAUGUAAUUGUAUUUACUGUAAUCAUAAAAUCAAAAUAUGAUCAAAUUUGAGCAACUUUCAUAAUUAUAUUUAAGUUCGAUGGCUAUGUGUUAUUACUUUUACAUGUUUCUUAUUAAUAAUUAUUGUAAACUGUAUCCUAAAUUGUAAGCAGCUAUGAUUAUGUUAUUGUAAAUUAAUCAAAUUUUAAUCAAGUUCAUAUA